GCUGCCAUUCCCCCAGUGGCCGCCAGGAGGUCCCCCUCUCGCCGCCCCGGCGCACCGCCGCCUCGAGUGCAAGUCGGGGCUACUUUGGAGCAGAGGCAACAUCAGCGGGAGCCCAGCGCUCUCUUGCUAGCUUGCUCACUGGCUCCGGAGCCCCUGGCGUGGAUCCGUAAGAGUCGCUCCUCCUGCCCCAAGCUCACCCGCUUCCUUUCGUGCCGGCUGCAGUUUACCCAGCUCAGGAAGCCGACAGGGCCCCGGGCUGAAGGUGAAACCCCACGGAAGAAACAUGAGUUUCCCCUGGAAAUCACUCAAGUGGAAGAUGGAAGGGGCCAUCUAAAAUAGAUUAGAAGCUGCAAGCUGCAACACUGGGGCCAGAGGGCUGGCAGUGGAAAACUCUGUUGGGUUGUGAUCUCUCACGGAAGAGUUCCAGGUGCCUUUUUGCUUCCUGCAAGACAAAGGAAGAAAAGGAGAACACCAUGUCUAUAGCGUUGAAGCAGGUGUUCAACAAGGACAAGACCUUCCGGCCCAAGAGGAAAUUUGAACCUGGCACACAGAGGUUUGAGCUCCACAAGAGGGCUCAGGCAUCCCUCAACUCGGGCGUGGACCUAAAGGCAGCUGUGCAGCUGCCCAGUGGGGAGGACCAGAACGACUGGGUAGCCGUACACGUGGUGGACUUCUUCAAUCGAAUCAACCUUAUCUAUGGCACCAUCUGCGAGUUCUGCACUGAGCGAACCUGCCCUGUGAUGUCAGGGGGCCCCAAAUAUGAAUAUCGGUGGCAGGAUGACCUCAAGUAUAAGAAGCCGACUGCACUGCCAGCUCCCCAGUACAUGAACCUUCUCAUGGAUUGGAUUGAAGUCCAGAUCAACAAUGAAGACAUAUUUCCAACAUGUGUGGGUGUUCCCUUCCCAAAGAACUUCCUUCAGAUCUGCAAGAAGAUCCUGUGCCGCCUUUUCCGGGUCUUUGUCCAUGUCUACAUCCACCACUUCGACCGGGUCAUCGUGAUGGGUGCGGAGGCCCAUGUCAACACCUGCUACAAACACUUCUAUUACUUCGUCACAGAGAUGAACCUCAUAGACCGCAAGGAGCUGGAGCCCUUGAAAGAGAUGACGAGCAGGAUGUGUCACUAAGACCCCAUCUUACCCUUCGAAGAAAGAGGAAAGCUGUUUGUUCCUGAAGUUCCAGGUGGACAGGAGGGAGACCUCACGGAAUGCAAUGGUGUACAGACUUCCAGGAGCAGGCAAGCUGUAGACAAGGGGUGAUUCCUGAGAGAUGUCCCCCAUCCCUACCUGUGCUCUUAACCCUGAGUGCUGCUAGCCAUGACCUGUGGACCAGCUGUCCACAGCAUGAGAGAAGGACUGCCCCUCCGCUCCUGGCUCUGGAGGAAGCUUCCUGAUUGUGUGGCAGUUCUGCCUGGGACCUGUGCCCAAGCUGUGCUGGAAUUCAGGUUGUGAGACCGAGAUACUGUUUGUACUCUUCCACCUAUCCGUCUUGUCCACUGGCUGACUUUUCUGUACGUGUUUUCUAAGUACCAAGUGCUUUUAGAUCUCUGGUUGCAAAGCAAAUUUUUCUACAACGAGCCUUCCUUUUGGGUCCCUGAGGACUCCCACCCCGAUCCUGUGUCUCGGCUGUGUGCGGGGCUGCGGAGCCUGGAGAGACUGGAGGCCACACCGCAGCACUGGCACUGUCUUCCUAAUGGGCGGUUUCGUCAGGGACACCCUGAGGGGUGGCUGGUCUCGGCCCCCAACAGGGUCUACACCCUUUAACUACAGGGAAGAGACUGAUUUCUAACAAAAUGCCACCACGUUGCCAGUUUACCCUGAGUGUUUUUUAUAACCACUCCACUCCUUGUUUCUUCCAUUCAAGAUAUUUUUCCUGUUUCCCAGAAGAGGAACAAAAGGAAGUUAUAAAUGACUAAGGAUGAUCAGCAGAAGCCCUGAGCCAGAUUAGUGCAGUGUUUGUUCUUAAUUAGGGGGUAGGGAGUCAUGGCUGUCUCUGCAUAAUACAAAAAUUUCAGUGAAAAAGAAAAGUACAAUUGCUUAUUGAUGCAUGAAGCUCAGACUCUCCGAGCAUUGACUUGGAACCUUCCUAGCUGACCCUCUGAGCUUUUAAAUGCAGUCCAUGUUUUCUUCUUCUUCCUCCACACUUUCCUCUUUUCUGCUGUAUUAUAUUAUGGCAUAAAAUUACUUUCUGCCCCAGUGAAUGUGCCACAGUUGCCAAGGUAACCGUGGAGCUGGAGCUCCUUCCUUCUUCCAUCCUUCCCAAGUCUUGUGCUCCAGUAGACAGAGUAACACAUUCUGUGCGACACCCAGCCUGUUGGAACCUCCAUGAGUUCUGCUUCAAGAAUGUUGCCUUCUCUAAUUCACCCUGAAGCUGUGGUUGCCCUGGGAGUCUGUGACUAGGCAGUGAUAAUACUUCCGGUGAUCGUUUGCAUAUGACAAAAUCGCAGUUGGUGGAGGGAAGUAGAUAAGAAUGUAUUAGUGCAUUUUAAUGUAAUACCGAUUAAAGAAUAACUAAACAACUCUGAUUUUGUUUCAUUUCAUGUAAUGUAUUGAAGCCACUGGUGGCUGCCAGAGGCUAGAAAGCAUGAAAUCUUCUUGGUCCAAACUAAGAAAGGGCUGACUGUCGGUGUGGGGACAUUCUGCGUCGACCCAACCUGGCGAGCCAACCCUUGCUUUGCAUCUCGUCCAAGCUGUCUCAUGGAAUCCAAAUCCUGCUACCUCUCUCCAAAUUGUGCUCUCAACAGGCACUGCCCCACCCCCAUUUUAGAGGCAAGGGAGGCAAAGAUUUUUUUAGCAUCAUUUUUGGCUGAAAGAAUAUUUGACUGUCCUAAGAAUCCAGAGAAAAAUAAAUUAGGAGCCCCCACAAUGCGCAGUAGGUACAGGACGUGGGACGCCAGACGGAGAGCGGCUGUGUGGAGCCCAUGCCGUGGGAGGAGCUCAGAAGAAGUGCUGCGCUGCGGAAAGCCUCAGGAGUCCUGCAUUAAAAACUGACUCUUUUCCCGCAUUUCAAUCAAAUAAGAUGCUGGACUUGGAAGACAUUUGUCACUAAUUCUUUCUAAUGUUAUUUCUGUUAACUGUGCAUAUAAAAUUUUCAUUCAACUUAAAAAUCCAAAUAUUUUUUCAACUUCUUGAAACAGUUCCUUCCUGGUUGUAUUGCUAAUUGCUCUAAUCAACUCCUCUAGGAUAAGUUCUGGCACACUACUCUCAUUUUUUAAUUACAGAGUAUUUUUAUUCCCACAGACCUUGUUUGGCAAAUCCUAAAGAAAAUCAUUACAGGCGGGUUUUUGGUUUUGAUCUCCUUGGCCCAUCUACAUCAUUAGUACAUCUCAUUGGGAGCGGAAAGUCUUCUGAGCUCCCGGCAGCCCGCAGGCACCAGCGGCUCUCUGGGUCUGAGACUGACACCUUGCUCCUUCCUCUGAACCUUGCUGGCUCACCUUCAUUUUCCAUUAUUGUUUCAGUUGAAUUAUACAUGUAGCUAUUAUUAUUUCUUUCUGAGAAAUUUCAAAAAGGAGACAUUUCAAUGGACAUCGAUAUACCCAUCACUUACCUGCAUCGAUUGUUAACAUUCACUUAAUUGCUAGCAUUUCCAUAUUUUGUCUCUGUCUCUGUAAAUACACAUUCUUACUGAUGGACCACUUCAAAAUAUGUUGCAGACAUCAUAAAACUUGAAAAUACUUUAUCCAUUAUCCCCAAAGUGUUUAUAUAUUUUGUUUUAAAUCCAAAAUCCAAUUAAGAAUCACACAUUGCCAUUUAGUUGUCAUUCUUCUGAGUUAAUAGAUUGGAGUUCCUGUGUGUGUGUGUGUGUGUGUGUGUGUGUGUGUGUGUCCUUCAUGACACUGCCUUAAAAAGUUAGGUCUGCUUUGUUUGCAGACUGUUCCACAGUCUGGGAUUCUUUUUCUGUUUCAUUCUUCAUUAUUAGAUUCCGGAUAAACAUUUUUUUAGCAAGAAUGUUAUAUAUGUGAUAUUGUCUCUUUUCUAUUGCAUUAAAUCUGGAUGCAUAUAAUGUCUAGUUGUCUCACAAUGUUAAGCUUGAUCAGUGGGUUCAGGUGUUAUCUGUCAGACCCACUCAUUAUAAUGUUCUAUAAUUCAUUAUGAAACUCUGGAACUCAGCACACAUACAUUUUAUAAAUGUGCACAGCCUUAUUCUUCUCAAGGAGGCCCAGGAUCUCCCAAGGAUUGCAACCAUUGCAGUUAGAAGAUAUAGUAGUGACAAGGAAUUCAUCUCUUUCCAUUUAACAGAGGUAAAGGGGAACCAAAAUGUUCCCUGUGCGGCAGUACAUGAGCAUGCUGGCUAAUGAGAAGUUAUAUGGUCCAAAAUCCAGAGUUGAAAUGUAUGUGAUGUCUUUUUUCCCACCCCCAAUGACCCCCCAUUCAGACCCAUGUUUAUUUUAGAGAGCAUGUACUUUAAUUGAAAAGCAUGCAUUUUGUGCCCAAGAGCAAAAAAUUGGGGUGGUAUAGAUAUUACAAAGGGACAAAGUUUCUACACAGAUAUGAAGUAUAUAUGUGGUAUGAUCAUUUCAUGGGGGUAGAGGAUGAUUUUGAAUUAAAUGUCUAAAAAUGCUUCUUAGGAGUGUAACGAUGAAAAGGAACUUGGUUGGGAAUACUCAGGUAGAGUCAGUUUCUGCUUCCAAAAAUGGUUAAUUUUCUCUUCCUGGAGUGUUUUCUCAUUUCUGAGGGGCAGAAUGAAUGAAAGCAACUUUUAGAGACUUCUUAAUCCAUUCCUUCUACCUUCCCAAACUAUAUGAGUAACAUUCCAGGUGAGAAAAAAAAAAAAACAGUUCUACUCUCAAAGACUGUCAGGUAUAGAAAUUCUACAGUGUCCUUGAGUAUAAUGCACUGAACACUUUAUACAAUCUGAAACUUCCAUUCAACUUGAGCCAAACUAUUAGCUUUGAGUUUCAGCUCACCUUUUUAGAAUCCCACAUUUUAAAAAGAUCCAAAGAUUAAAUAGAGUAAGUAAAAAUAUAAUGAAUGAGAGCUUUAUUUGCAUGCCAAUUAAGUAUUUGAAGACCAAUACCAGUUGCCCUUCAGCCUUUUUUCCUUUAACACCCUCCAAUGGACAAAGUCCCCCGGAAGCCUUAUUGCCCUCAUACUAACAUGUCUGUGGCCCCACUUGAAGCCUGCCAAAGCACUUCCUGUCACUGUGCACUAGGAUGUAACCGGCAGUGAACAUGGAGAAAAUUAUUGCACAUUUUCUACAAAUUAUAUUGUGCCUUUGCUAAAUCCUGACUUGACUUUAUACAUUUAUAAAUUUUUGUUAUAUUUUCCCACGCUAAAUUCAUAUCUAUAUUAUAUUCAACUAUUUUGAUUCAUCUUCUUUACUUUCCUUCCCUCCUACAUUUAACAUUUUUCGUGAGAUCACACUGUGUUGUCUGCUUUAAACACCUUUUUAAUUGGCAGAGUAUUAAGGGACUUGGAGAGAGUUCUUCUCAGCUUGUGGGGGUGAUUUAUGCCAAUUCAUCAUCCUGGUUGGUCAUGGAUGUAAGCACAGCAAUUCCUAUGGUCUCUAACUUUCCACAGCCACACCCCUUAGGUAUCACACAGAAGAAAAGAAAUGUCAUAGGAAAAGCCUGGGCACAUUGUGGAGAAAUGUGUACAAAGGCAAAGUCCUAAAAGGAGUCAGGUGUGUCACUUAGAUAACACUGUUGCCAUUGGUUCUUGGAUAAUUUUGGUCCUUGAUAAUGUAGGUGAUUCUCUCUUAGAAUUAGCCAAACAAACUGUGUUUUGGAAAUAAUAGAUUUUUGCUGCUUUAGAAAGAAUAUCAACUAAAAAAAAAACCUUUUUAUAACAGACUGUUUCCCUCCUCUGGGCAGUUAUUAAUUCUGAGUAAGAAGAUUUCAGUGAGCAAAUAAGAAUCUUUGUAACUUUUAGAGGGAAGAGUCCAGUUCUAGUAUGAUAAUUAAGCUGUUCUAUUAGCUAUUAGUGUUCUAAUUCCAAAGUUUUCCAGUAUCUUUUCUAAUUGCAUCAGAAAAAACACGAUCACCAUAUUUUUAGCUCCAUUUGUGAUUAAAUUAAGGGUUUGACUAGAAAAACAUACUAAUACAAUUAAAUCAGUUAGAAAAGCAAACUAAAACUAAAGGACAUUUCUGAAAUAAUUCUAUAUGAGCUUAAGAAUCCAAAUGUCACAAAUAAAGAACAUAUAACCAUCA